GGAAUCUUUAGAUUUUGUAGGACAUUACAAUAGCCGCUAAUUUACGGAUUUGAAGCUAAAUCCGCACUUAACUCCGAACCUCUUCCGAACCUAAUUACGAACUUUUUCUCUUCUUGCGUGUCAACAACCACCCUCUCCACUUCUCUCAUCCCUCCACGUGGCAGAAGCCCGUUUAUUCUCUCUCUUCUCUCUGCGUUGGUCUCUUUCUCUAACCAUUCAAACCUAGUCCAAACACAAGAACAAAAUAAGCAAACAAGCAAGCGCCAACAACAACAAUGUCGUAACCCAAUUCCACAUUUCAAUUCUUUUUUCUCGACUUCUGCAACGCAAAAUCGACGAAAUGGGGCGAGAAUUUCCCACAAUGGAAGACGAAUUCGAGCUCAGUUUGGAGCUCUCCAUCGGCGGUUGCUACGCCAAAUCAGAACCCACGAGUUUAGAGAGAGAAAAUUCGAGAUCUGAUUUUUCCUGCGACAAAGCCAAAUUCGACGCUGCUGCGGCGGAGAAUGGCUGCGAGUUUUCCGAUCUGCAGAGGAGGAGAGAGAUGCAGGCGAUGAAGAGGAGGGAAGCUCGGAUGAAGAGAGGAUUCAAGAAACCGAGGGGGCUGAUCAACGGCGGCGGCUUCAUUGAGGAGGAUAGAGUGGCUGCGGAGGCGCAGCAGCAGCUCCACGGUGGAGCUGGGGAGGAACCGCCGCGGAAGAGAGAGAAGAGCUUCUUCGGAGAGAAUAAGGUUUCGUGGGGUGAUUAUGGGAGACAGCAGGCGCAGUUUCUGUUGCCGGUUGCGUGUCCGUGGGUGGCGCCGGCGGGAGAGAGAGAUGAGAGGAAUUCCGGCGGAGAGACGCCGGGUAAUGCGGCGGCGAGUUCGCCGGCUGUUUCUCAUCAUCCGAGCACGUCCCAGAAAGGGGGGAGCAGUAGUGAUACAGGAAGCCAUUCAAGUAGCUUUGCCACGCGCCACAACGACAAGGUCGAGGCUAACAGCUCGACGUCUCCGCCGCGCCGGUGCAUCGGCAGCACGAGCCACGAACAGAGCACGAAGGUGGCGGCUGUAUCACCAACCAUCCAAUCGGACACAAGCAAAACGGGCCAAGGAUCCACCAUAUGCGCCCAGUCGAACCUAACCGACACUACUUGUUCACCAUCGGACAAGCCGUCGCCCUCGCCCACGAGCAGUGUGAUCAACGCGCCUCCGAAUCCCAGCCAAGAUGGCAGCGCUUCACCUCUGCAUAUGCCAUGCGUCUCCACCACAGGCAACGGCCCGGAUGGCCGGACCAUCACCGGAUUCUUGUACAAGUAUACGAAGUCCGAGGUGAGCAUCAUGUGUGUGUGCCAUGGGAGCUUCUUUACGCCCGUGGAGUUCGUGGAGCAUGCUGGUGGCGUAGAUGUAACGCAUCCACUCCGGCAUAUCACCGUCGUCCCGUCGGCCGUCCGGUGAUGAUGAUAGGGUAGUUUUCUUGAACGUCUCAAAAAUUUCUUCCUAGUUAAGUAGCAUUUUUGAGGCGUAGACUCUUUUAUCUUGAAAUGUAGUAAAGAGACAUCACUUGUAGAAACCAAAGGGUUUCAUUUGGUGGUCUUUGAGCAUUUAUUGUGGAUAAGAGGAUCUCGACUUUUUUUUUUUGUUAUUUGAUUUUCUUAGUAUA